UUUAGUGAUUUUCACGUUUUUUAUAUUAUUUUGGGCUAAACAUUCAUUUAUUUAAGGCCCAAUUCGUGGUUAUUAUGAUUAGGGCUUAGGGUGUUAGUUUCCUAUUCUGAUUAGAAUUACUUUUCCCUAUUUAAAGGGGCUUGUAACCCUAAUUGAGGGAGAUUGAUUGAAUCUGAGAUUUUUGAGAGACUUUUCUCUUUGUACAGAAACCAUGUCUGGAGCUGGAGUCGUGGUAAUUUCCCCGUCUGGAUUGAAAACACAGAUGUCUUUCCAGCUGGAUUUUAAUUGCACAAAUAAUCAAGCAGAAUAUGAAGCUUUGAUUAUUGGUCUUGAGAUGUUGGUAGAGCUUAAAGUAUCCAUGGUUGAGGUUAUAGGGGACUCACAACUAGUUUUGAAGCAAUUGUCUGGUGAGUACAAAUGUACUAGCCUUGCUUUAGCCCCUUAUUUUGCCUUGGCUGUGCAAUUGCUAGAAGAAUUUGAUGACAUGUCCAUCAGACAUGUGCCCAGAGACCAGAACUAUGAAGCUAAUGAAAUGGCCCAGAUUGCUUCAGGUCUGCGAAUUCCUGAAGGUGUAAUGCAGAAAGUUGUAGUAGUUGAAAAACGCAGUCUGCCAUCAAUUCAUCAACGUGGCAUGACUGUCUCCACUUGCAGCAUUGAUGUUACCCAGACGGACUGGCGCUUUCCAAUUAUUAAACAUGGCUUCUUCUGGCCGUCUGUCCUGAAAGACUGUAUUACUUAUGCUAAGGGCUGCAAAUCUUGUCAGAUCCAUGGGCCACUUCAAAGAGUUCCAGCCUCUGAACUUAAUUCUAUUGUGAAACCAUGGCCAUUUCGAGGCUGGGCUAUUGACUUAAUUGAAACAAUUACAACAGACCAAGGCACAGUUUUUGUUAGUCAUCAGGUGGAGGCAUUUGCAAAGGAAAUGGGUUUCCGUUUGUUAAAUUCUACUCCUCAUUAUGCACAAGCUAAUGGGCAGGCGGAGGCUUCUAACAAGGUGGUGAUUAAUUUGCUUGAAAAAAUGGUAGAUGACAAUCCCAGACGCUGGCAUGAAUUAUUGUCUGAAACACUGUGGGCUUAUAGAACUUCACAAAGGAGUUCAACCAAAGUGACACCUUUUGCCUUGACAUAUGGCCAUGACGCAGUCUUGCCAAUGGAGCUAACAGCCAGGUCUUUAAGAGUGAUGAUUCAGCAUAAUCCCCAGUCUGGAGAAUAUGAUGAGGCCAUGAUGCUUGAGCUUGAGGACCUUGAAGAUUCACAUUUGACAGCUUUGGAUAGAUUGCAAGCCCAAAAACUCAAAGUUGCAAAGUCUUACAACAAGAGGGUAAAAGGUAAAAAUCUGGUAGUUGGUGACUUGGUCUGGAAAGCAAUUUUACCUCUUGGCAAGAAAGAUCACAGAUUUGGGAAAUGGUCUCCAAAUUGGGAAGGACCAUUCCGAAUUCAUGAAGUGUUGAGAGGGGGUGCUUAUUGGUUGAAGUCACUUGAUGGAGAGCUUCAUCCCAGAAAAAUCAAUGGAAUUUAUCUCAAGCCUUAUUACCCCACAGUCUAGGAGGCAAGAGGCUUAGAGUCCCAAGAAGCUGUCUGAGCCAGGUUCAUACCUCUGUCUGUCCAUAAAUAAGUUGAUUUGCUUUCA